UAACGCUGUUGCUCGGUUUGAACAAGAAGUCGGCGUCAAAUAAUUUUCACCACACGAGAAUAAAUUUGCUUAAAUCGAAUUUGACUGUGUUUCAUCUGAAAAAAAAUCGGAUAUUCCUCAUGGUAUCAUACUAGAUGUUCAUUUUAUCUAAAAAGAAUUCCGUAGGAUAUUGCAUGCUUUCUCACGUUCGUGUAGUAUUCUGUAUAGAGAAAUACCCGUGUUAUGACUCCGUUGUGGAGCGGGUUGCGAUUUUGGGUUCGAUCGAAGACUUUGGAUCCUGGGAACCUCAGAGAUGUAAAUCAGCCAUAUUUUCUGGAGGAAAUAAUUGGAUGCUAGAGACAUUUCUUCCGGCUGGACAAGUAUUUUUUUAUCAACUUUUGCUGUACAAGAACCAGACGUCGGAAGUUAUGUUUGAUUUCCAUGGCGACACGGGACAGAAAGUCGUCGUGGGAGAGGAAAACUGGGUGAGACGACUCGAUGUGAAACUCUCGCCUCUUAUAGUUCGCAUUGUGUACGGAAAACCAGACAUUCGCGUGGCUCCUUUAAAAUCCCAUCUGACGCCUGAUGGACGACCGAUUAACGUUUACGUUAACGCCAGAAAAACAAUUCUAAAACCCCAUCCCUCGGACGUUGACCUUCUUGCAGCAGACUGCAUCUGGUCCGAGGGGAAAUUCUGCAGCACGGAAGCAACCUGCGUCCAUGAAGCGAUGCCAGUCGCUGUCAGAAAGCCGUUUCCUUACGUCAGGAAGCAGACAUCACGUGUCGCAAAUGACCUGGAGCGGUUGUUAAUGGUUCCCGAUUGCCAGUACAUGCGCUCAGAAUGCGAUAUUAUGUCAACGACACCCACUUUUCCGCCGCGCUGCAAGGCCCAUCAAGAAAAUGAAGAUACCACUAUGUGCACUAACGACUUCGCUAAUUGCUCUUCAAAGACGUUUAGUGGACCUGAUAUGGACAGCCUAAUACCAUUUGUAAUCGGGGUGGGUGUGGCAUCCUGUUUUUUCGUUUGGUGGUCGAAAUAUAAAACGUAAACAACCAUCGAAAAUGAAAAAAGCAAAUAGAAGAACAUAUUUAAAUUACUUUAUUAUUGUUGACUCCUGAUCUGUUAUGUAUUCAUUUAAAUCAUAACUGUUACGUUGAUGAAACACGGCAGAUUGAAGAGUACGAAUGCAUAUAAUAUGGCUGAAUGAAAAAUGAUUUAUA